AAAAGAAGAAAAGUCAUCAACCAGCCAUCAAACCUGCAGGCGAAAGGCAGUAAAAGUUUGGUCCGCUCGCGUUUUACGGCGUCAUAAGUUACGGAACAGGAACCAGUACGCUUUAAGUCUCUACCGAAUCAGUUAAUUUGGUCCGUGGCUAGCCAGGCAAAUCGGAAAUGAGCUCCUCGGUGAUGCUAUUCGCAUGUUCCAAGUGUUUUUCACGGCACCCGUUCGAGGAGCUGAGUCCGGGUCAGCAGCUUUGCAAGGAUUGCCGGGGGUCUUUCCCUAUCGUGAAAUGCACCUACUGUCGCACAGAGUUCCAGCAAACGAGCAAGGGCAGCACGGUAGCCGUCUGCAAAAAGUGCGAACAGAAUGUUAAACAAUACGGCAAACCGUCCGCCUGCGGGCUAUGCAACAUCAUUGCCGCCUUCAUCGGAUCCAAAUGCCAAAGGUGUACAAACUCCGAGUUAAAAUAUGGACCAGCGGUAUCAUGCGAUCAGUGCAAGCAACGUUGUGCCUUUAAUAGGCCAGACUAUAAGGUCGACGGCAAGUUGCUCUGCUGGCUAUGCACCCUUUCCUACAAGCGUGCCCUGACCAAGGCCCGGCAGGCCGAAAGCGAUCGUCGCCGUGCUAAGAAACGGGGAGCCGAUGGGGGACCUCCCUCGUCGAUGUCGAUGUCGGCACCCAGCAGUGGCACCGGCGGCGGAAGCAGCAACAGUUCCCGGCCCAUUAGCAGUAGCUCCGGCGGGAAUUCCGGCUCCGGACGCGGCGAUCGCAACUCGUCCUCGGACAAGAGCAACAAUAGCAAUUCGAUGCGCCGCAACGAGUCCAGUUUGCCGCCGUUGGGGGAUCUGAACAUGAGUCUGGGACCACCGGAGAUUCCGGAGAUACCGUCGCUCGGAGCUCUCGGUGCCGAUAUGGUUGAUAAUUCACGCAGCGACAAUGGAAGACACUCGUCGAGCAAGAAGUCGCGCACCGAUAUCAAACAGCUGCUGCCCGAAAUACCGGAAAAAAUGGCCAAGAGUGCUUCGUCCGGGUAUGUGGAUCCGCACAGCUCCGAUCAUGUGAUUGCCAUGACACAGCUGAAGGAAACCAUUGCCACUUUGCAGCGCAAACUCAAACAGAAGGAUGCUAUUAUUCUUGAAAAAGAAAAAGAGAUAAGCGCAUGGAAAGGGAAGCAUUUAUAUUUGGAGCAGGAGCUGACCAAAAAAAGUAAGGACAUGGAAAAGAAUUACGAGUUCAAGAUCGAGGUGCUGAACAAAAAGUUGAAGGCGCAACUUUUGGAGAUUGCCGCGUUAUCCAAGGCGGCCAAAGAAGCAGCCGAAAAGAGGAAAAAACCUAAGGACGGCUUCCUGGCUACUACCAAACUUCACAAGCUCAAACCUGAAAUCAAGGAUAAGGAGCGCUCUGACAAAACCAGCUCUGGUGGAAGGAACCGCAUCAUCGAGGACGAUGACGACGAAGAUCAGGAGAAGGAUAACGAAAGCGAAAAGGGAUCCGAUAAGGCCGGAUCCGGAAGGAAUACUCCCAGAGAAACUGGCAAAGACAGCCCACGAGACGUGGAUUCCGGAAAAGAGAGUCCCCGUGACUCAGAAAAAGACACCGAGGAAGAGAAGAAGGAAGACAAAAAAGAGAGCGACAACGAAAAGGACAAAGAUGAGGAACAAACAAAAAGCAACGGAUCUGCCAAGGAAGGUGAAGACGAUUCAGACAAAGAGAACGAUGAAAAGAAGAAAGACGAGUCGAAUGAAAAAGAUAAGGAAACCGACGGCAAAAGUUCAGAUAAAGGAUCACGGCGCAACUCGGAAGAGGGAUCCACCAGAGGGUCCCGUCGAAAUUCCGAACAAGGAUCCGACAGAGGAUCCAGACGAAAUUCGGAACAUGGCUCGGAAAAGGGGUCCCGCCGAAAUUCGGAACGUGGCUCCGACAAUGAUUCGGACAACGAAUCAGACCGCGGUUCCGACAAAGAAUCGGAUCGCGGCUCCGAAAAGGGAUCGGGCAAAGGAUCUGACCGUGGUUCGGACAAAGAUUCCGACCGUGGAUCCGACAGAGGAUCCGAUCGCGGUUCCGAGAAAGGAUCUGAACGUGGUUCCGACAAAGAUAGCGACAAUGAAUCUGACGAUCGCUCCGGAAAGGGUAGCGACAAAGAUAGCGGUUCCGACAGUGGUUCAGAUCGCGAUAGCGACCGUGAUUCGGAUUAAUCAACUUCCUUCGCAAAAGCAUCGCAUUUUAGCGCAGACGGACUAAACUAUCUUUAUCCUCAGAUUUUACUCUAUGAUACAAUUUAGUGCAUAGGUCUAGUAUUUCAAAAAAAAAAAAUGUUGUCUUGUUGUCCUUUGGUUUCCAAAUGCCGAUUCGAUACCUUACAAUUGCUGUUGUAUAGGAUGGAAUCAGCUGUCUUCUAUAUAGUGCAUGCCAACAUAUAAGGUGAGAUCUAUCAUUAUAUCUCUCAUUUCUGUGCGUGUGUUAAAUCAGCUCAAACCCCGUGCAUGCUCAGAUGAUCAGCAGGAGCCUAUUUUUGUUCUACACCUUUUUCCAAUAUCUGCUCUUUAAAACAACAAUUGGGUAAUAUGCAAAAACAAAUAGAAUAUUCUUCCCCAGAAUUACUAUGAGGAUGAAUAACUCGAGAGAGUUAAAAUCCUAGAAAAAGAAAAAAAAAAAUCCCCAGAAUUACUGUUAGUAACUUAUGACAUCCAUCCUUAAUUUUGCAGAAUUUUACUUGUAGGCAUUAUCAAGAAACAAUUUAGUAAGCAAAAUAAAUACAUUGUAAUGAAUGGUAUACUUAAAUUGAAAAAUAAAAUACACUAGUGAAA